AUGAAGAAGAAAGCCGGAGAGGAGACGGAGAAGAAGACAAAUAGGAAGAAGAUAUACUAUUUCAAACAUUUAGACUAUGUACAGUUAUCUGAUCAGCAGCAUGGUGAGCAGGAGAGGAGCCCCAGUCUGGCCAAGGAGGAACAACAGGAACUCUGGAUCAGUCCACGGGAAGACCAACUUCCAUUGCAGGAGGUAGCUGAUACCUCCGAGUCCAUAUUUACCCCUCUUUGUGAUGGAAAUGAUGAUGGUAAAGAUCAGCCUCUGCCCUCACAACUCUACCAAACCCACACAGAGGGAGACACAGAGCCCCCAGCUGUCACCUCAUUUGAGUGGAUACAACUGGAUGCCAAAGAAGACAACUUUUUAAUAUCACAACCAACAAGUGACGACCAUACCCUCUCUGACUGCUGUCAUGUAACUAAGAGUGACGCUGACCACACUAGCAGUCGUCAAAACUGUGAGGAAGCGGGUUCAACUCGGAAAGCAAGACGGAAACCUCACAAAAAGCCAUACAAGUGCAAGAUUUGUGGGAAAGUGCUUUAUAAUUUGGAAAUUUUCAAAAUUCACAUGAGAUUUCACACAGGGGAAAAGCCUUUCAAAUGCAUCACUUGUGGGAGAGAUUUUACCUGGAAGAUUAACAUGGAGAGGCAUACAAGGACUCAUACAGGGGAGAAACCAUUCAGAUGCACCACAUGUGGGAAAAUGUUUACCCAGAAGUCACGUUUACAAAGGCACAUAAGGACUCAUACAGGGGAGAAGCCAUUCAGAUGCACCACAUAUCGGAAAAUGUUUACCCAGAAGUCAAAUUUUCAAACACACGUAAAGACUCAUAUAGGGGAUAAGCCACUCAGAUGCACCACAUGCGGGAAAAUGUUUAGCCAUAAGUCACAACUGCAAAUGCACGUAAGGACUCAUACAGGGGAGAAGCCAUUCAGAUGCACUACGUGCGGCAAAAUGUUUACCCAGAAUUCACAAUUGCAAAGUCACCUAAGGACUCAUACAGGAGAGAAGCCAUUCAGAUGCACCACGUGCGGCAAAAUGUUUACCCACAAGUCAAAUUUAAAAAGGCACGUAAGGACUCAUACAGGGGAGAAGCCGUUCAGAUGCACCACAUGCGGGAAAAUGUUUACCCAGAAGUCAAGUUUACAUAGGCACAUACAAGGGACUCAUAUACAGGGGGGAAGCCAUUCGGUGCUACACAGUAUCGCCUUAAUGACCGAACACUUCCAGUGCAUGGUGGCUGAGGUCACAGAUGGGAUAGAAGGACUGGUCUGCCACAUCGAUGACCUACUGGGCAAGGUGGUCUUCUUGGGCCACAUCAUCCACCCUGACCCAAGAAAAACAGAGGCCAUCAUGGAGAUGAAGGAGCCCACAAACGUUGGCGAAUUGAGGAGUUUUCUCGGGAUGGUCAAUCAGCUGGGAAAGUUCAUUCCCCAGUUAGUGGAAAAAGACAAGCCUCUCCGUGACCUCCUCUCGAAGAGAAACUGCUGGGAACUGGAGCUGACGGAGAGCAUCAACAUCUACAUGGACUGCAUCGUGGGAAGUCUACCCGUCAGUCCCACAUACAUGGAAACCCUGAAAGAGCAGCUGAAAGCUGACAAUAUCUGCUCACGUGUCAUGACGCUAAGACAGAAACCAGCUACGUGCGACGUCGUGCCGCUGGAGUUCAACUGGUUUUAUGUCCCCGUUGAGUUUACCAUGUCCAGAAUAAACCUUCUAAGAUCGUUCGUCAUCGAGCGACUAACUGCAGCAGCUGAGGAGAUAGUAGGAGCUUUCGAGAGGACGAUAGAGGAGUAUGAGGACGAGAGAGAGCGACAGAGGAGGCUGCUGGACAUGGUGUUGAAGCCCAGGAUCACGUUACACAGAAUAGACGUUGUAGAGUUAUCUGAUCAGCAGCAUGAUGAGCAGGAGAGGAGCCCCAGUCUGGCCAAGGAGGAACAUCAGGAACUCUGGAUCAGUCAACAGGAAGACCAACUUCCAUUGCAGGAGGUAGCUGAUACCUCUGAGUCCAUAUUUACCCCUCUUUGUGAUGGAAAUGAUGAUGACUUUGUACAGUUAUCUGAUCAGCAGCAUGGUGAGCAGGAGAGGAGCCCCAGUCUAGCCAAGGAGGAACAACAGGAACUCUGGAUCAGUCCACAGGAAGACCAACUUCUGUUGCAGGAGGUCGCUGAUACCUCUGAGUCCAUAUUUACCCCUCUUUGUGAUGGAAAUGAUGAUGACUUUGUACAGUUAUCUGAUCAGCAGCAUGGUGAGCAGGAGAGGAGCCCCAGUCUAGCCAAGGAGGAACAACAGGAACUCUGGAUCAGUCCACAGGAAGACCAACUUCCAUUGCAGGAGGUAGCUGAUACCUCUGAGUCCAUAUUUACCCCACUUUGUGAUGGAAAUGAUCAUGACUUUGUACAGUUAUCUGAUCAGCAGCAUGGUGAGCAGGAGCGGAGCCCCAGUCUGGCCAAGGAGGAACAACAGGAACUCUGGAUCAGUCCACAGGAAGACCAACUUCCAUUGCAGGAGGUAGCUGAUACCUCUGAGUCCAUAUUUACGCCUCUUUGUGAUGGAAAUGAUGAUAGUAAAGAUCAGCCUCUGCCCUCACAACUCUACCAAACCCAGACAGAGGGAGACACAAAGCCCCCAGCUGUCAUCUCAUUUGAAUUGAUACAACUGGAUGCCAAAGAAGACAGCUUUUUAAUAUCAGAACCAACAAGUGACCACCAUAACUUCUCUAACUGCUGUUAUGUAACUAAGAGUGAAGCUGACCAUACUUGCAGUCGUGAAAUUUGUGAGGAAGUGGGUUCAACUCGGAAAGCAAGGCUGAAACCUCACAAAAAGCCCUAUAACAAGUGCAAGAUUUGUGGGAAAGUGCUUUAUAAUUUGGAAAUUUUUAAAAUUCACAUGACAUUUCACACUGGGGAGAAGCCAUUGAGAUGCACCACAUGUGGGAAAAUUUUUACCCAGAAGUCAAGUUUUCAAAGGCACGUAAGGACUCAUACAGGGCAGAAGUCAUUCAAGUGCACCACGUGCAGAAAAUUUUUUAAUCACAAGUCACAUUUUCAAACACACAUGAGGACUCAUACAGGGGAGAAGCCUUUCAGAUGCACCACGUGCGGGAGAAUGUUUACCCAGAAGUCAAGUUUACAAAUGCAUGUUAGGACUCAUACAGGGGAGAAGCCAUUCAGAUGCACCACAUGCGGGAAAAUGUUUACCCAGAAGUCAAGUUUACAAAUGCACGUAAGGACUCAUACAGGGGAGAAGCCAUUCAGAUGCACCACGUGCGGGAAAAUGUUUACCCGAAAGUCAGAUUUACAAAUACACAUAAGGGCUCAUACAGGGGAGAAGCCAUUCCAAUGCAUCACGUGUGGGAAAAUGUUUACCCAGAAUUCAAGUUUACAAAUGCAUGUAAAGACUCAUACAGGGGAGAAGCCAUUCAGAUGCACCAUGUGCGAGAAAAUGUUUACCCGGAAGUCAAGUUUACAAAUGCAUGUAAGGACUCAUACAGGGGAGAAGCCAUUCAGAUGCACCAUAUGCGGGAAAAUGUUUACCCAGAAGUCAAAUUUUCAAACCCACAUAAGGACUCAUACAGGGGAGAAGCCAUUCAGGUGCAGCGAUUGUGGAAAUGGGUUCAGCUCAAAAUGGCAUCUCAAACGACAUGCCAUGAUUCACACAGGUGAGAGGCCUCACAGGUCACUGCAAAAAGAAGUUGACUGAGUAUUCAUCUUAACUAUGUAUAACAAUUUUAUAUCGCAACAUAUGUCAUGGGGUUAAAUUGAAUCAGUAUAAAGGUGCAACUGCACAAACUAGAUACGGUGCCCAUUAUGACGUUUUUGUCAAUAUGGUCCAAAACUACCGUGCAACAAUAAGAUCAAUACUAUUAUAUUGAAAGGCAGUUUUAUACCAACAACCUUAGACUGUAGUCAUGCCUCACAGCUCCAUUUCAUUGGAGACAUGGUGAUACAGACUUAUACAGUGUGUGACACCAUAGUGUCAGAUUAUUGAUACUUUUUGAUAUUAAGGAGGAAGAACCGUAGUAAUUAAGCAGAAAGUGCUGUCACAUUGCAUUAUGACCAUAUAAUCAUACAUGCUAUGUUCAGAGGGUCCCAAUACGGAAUGCUACAGCAACAUUUCUUAAAAUUCAGGAUUUUGGUAGUAGGUAGAAGUAGGCGUAUUUGCUUUAUGUCAGCACAUCUGAUUUAAAGGUAAUGUGAAGGUGCGUCACCCGCGUCGUAUGUGGCGACGGGUGCGCCAUCUUGUUUGUAAUGCGCUGUUAGGCAUGUAAAAAAAUGUAAACAAGAGCCUUAACAAAGCAAUCUAUGAGCGAUCUGUUCACUGAAAACACUCAAAAUAAAAUGAU